AUCUUCCUUUAGAUGAACUAGUAGAUAGACUGGUUAAACUUGAAGCGUUAGAAAUAUAUGGGAGAGGGUGUAAACCAAUUUAUAGAUCGAAAUUAACUCAUAUUAAAAUAUCAGAUUACCGGCUUUCAAAUAGAAAAAUCAAAAGCAUUGUACGCAGGUUUCAAAAUAUAAUUCAUUUAAAUUUUGAAGGAAGUAUGGAAUCUGAGUCUGUUGGGAAAGUUCUAAAGCUAAUAGCAGAAUCAUACCCAAAUUUGGAGUAUCUCAAUAUAUCUGCUUUACAUAAUAUAUUUCGAACGAAAAAUGAUAAAGUUCUAACUGCAAUCGCAGAUUCAUGUCAUAAAUUAGAAUGUCUAAAUAUUUCAAAUCACACAGAGUUUUCUGAAAUAUCAAUUUGUAAUAUCAUUCGUUCUUGUCCAAGACUCCAACGACUUGAUCUUAGCUAUU